AACUUGUCGGCCCUGCCGUCGGAGUGGCCAUAGGGAUUGGACUCAGUGUGACAGUGGUGCCGGCAGCCCUGUAUGCUCUGGGCUUCACCAAAGCAGGAAUUGCAGCUGGAUCCGUGGCCGCCAGAAUGAUGUCUCUAGCUGCCAUUGCCAAUGGUGGGAAAGUGGCUGCCGGGAGCUUCGUGGCCAUAGGGCAAUCGUUCG